AGGCCGGCGGGUCCCUGAAGCGGGGGAAGGGCCGAGCGGGAAGGCGGAGCGGAAGCGGAGUGCUAGGGACUAGAAGAGUAAAAUCUCCCCAAGCCGGGAAGCACCCUUAUCCCUGACUAUCUACCCAGGGCCUUCCUCCAUCCCAGCCUAGAGGCUGCUUUGCGACUGCGGGACGCAGCUGACGCGCGCUAAUCGGCUUUCCCUGUGUCGCCCUGGCUAGAGACCAUGCAACGGCGGCGACUGUGAAGAGAAGCCCACAAGCAAGGUAAAGAGUUAACAGAGUUGGAGGCAACCUUGCUGAAGAUGAAGAAUAUAGAAUAUUAGAGGAGAGUGUUUUUUUCUUUUUCUUUUCAAAAACCUUGAUUGUUUGCUGACUUUCCUCUAGUAAUCACUCUUUGAUUGCGUCUGCUUGCUUCAUCAGAAAUGUUUUUUACAAUCUCAAGAAAAAAUAUGUCCCAGAAAUUGAGUUUGCUGUUGGUUGUAUUUGGACUCAUUUGGGGAUUAAUGUUAUUGCACUAUACUUUUCAACAACCAAGACAUCAAAGCAGUGUUAAGUUACGUGAACAAAUACUAGAUUUAAGCAAAAGAUAUGUUAAAGCUCUAGCAGAGGAAAAUAAGAACACCAUGGAUGUCGAGAAUGGUGCUUCUAUGGCUGGAUAUGCGGACCUGAAAAGAACAAUUGCUGUCCUUUUGGAUGACAUUUUACAACGCUUAGUGAAGCUGGAGAACAAGGUUGACUACAUUGUUGUGAAUGGCUCAGCAACCAACACUACCAAUGGUACUAGUGGGAAUUUGGUGCCAGUAACCACAAAUAAAAGAAUAAAUGCCUCAGGCAGCAUUAGAUAGCAGUUGAAGAUCACCCGGUGCUGCUACAUCCACCAUGGAUUACAUCCUAUGGCAGAAAAGCUUUUUAAUUGCUGGUUAGGACAGAGUGUUAUUUAUAAUAAAAGCUCUAAGCAUUUUUAAGGAGUGUACUGGAUUCAUGGAACUCUAAUUUUGUAUAUAAAAUUUUAAAAGUUAUUAGUUUGUUUUCAGGCAAGUCUAUCCAAUGCUGUACUAUAUCUUAAAGGGAAUUCAGUAACAUGGUUGAUGUAGUAAGCAGGUAGGUUAUGUUUGUAUAAACCUUUUUUUGUGUUUGAGGUCAAGCUGAAACAGAAACACUGAAAGACAUGGGUUCAUUUCUAUAACAUAUUUAAGUAUAAAAUGUUUUUCAGACAAGUGGAGAAUAUUGUUGUUAAAUCAUUCUGUCAUUUGUUCUCAAUAGAUGUAGCUAUUAGACUAAUGCUAUUAGAAAAUGUGCUUACUUCCUGUACUAUAUUUUGUUACUCAGAUUAUGAGCAGAGAAAGGAAGAAUAAUGCUGAAAAUAAUGUUUUGAAAUCAUGACCCAAAGAAUGUUUUCAUUUGCACUACCUUUCAAAAUAACUGAAGGUUAAUUAUUGUAUAUUUUUAAAAACUACAUUUAUAAGAGUAUAAUCUUAAAAUGGGUAGCAGCCACUGUCUAUGACCUAUUCUAAAUCCGGGUAAUUUAAUUAACAACAUUAAAAUAAUAAUCUCUACUCUCAUACAUAACUUUUUCUUGUACAAGUUCUAAGGAAUAAAAGCUAUUUUUAUGAGAUUAAAAAUAAGUAAAGACUUUUCACAUACAUGAAUUUUAAUUUAAAAGUUUAAUCCCGUGACUGUCUGUGCUAUAAGGAAAGCACAUUAUUUCCAUGUUUGGGUAAUUUUGGCUUUUAUUAUGUUGGAGGGAGGUGAAUUGAGAUAUUUCAGAGACUGGGACUCUUGAGAACUUUAGCCAGAUGUAUAUAAUAAAGAUAUUUGUGCUGCAUUAAAUUGCUUGGAAAAUGUCAGCAUUAUUUUAUAUUAUGUAAGAGUAUGCUGCUUUAUGAACUUUUGAAUUUGCGUAACAGAUAUAUUAGAUACUCAUUUUAUAUAGUGAUCACUUAAAAUACUUAUUAACAUUUAAAAUAUAAUUUAAAUUAUGAAGAUUAAUUAUCUUUUCAGGAAAACAGCUAUUGUAUAUUUAGCACAAGAGGUCCAAAUCAUGGGUAUUUCUAGUAUAGAGCAAAGUACACCUUUAUUUAAAUUUCCCUUGUAGCAAAUCUAAUUGCUGUAAUAGUGCCCUAAUAUUUCAUAGUAUUUAUUCUCUAUAAUAACUGCUUAAGAGCAGUUUUUGGAUUUAGACUAUAUUGAAUUUAGUUUUGGAUAGUGUAUUGCUCAUUAUUAAAAUACGCUACCUUAUGUAGUAUCAAUAAUUAUAAUAUUUUAUUAAAAUAAACAUGAGGAAAUAUUUCAUGAAAGGUUGCUUUCAAACAUUUUCCUCUAUACUCUACCUUUAUGUGAAGAAAUUAAGUAUAUACCAUUGCCAGGUAAAAUUUGGAAUAAUUGUGAGUCCCUCUCAUUAGUUGUGGACAUUUUUGUUUUUUUGUUUUUGAUUUCAGGGAUGAAAUAAAAUACAUAAUUUAUAAUUA